ACUGUUCUCCAACUCUCAGCAGAAUCAGAAUGGUACAUGGGAUACCAGAUGAGGUGAUGAUGAAUAUUACACUGAUAAAAGACCUGGCAGAUGUGGCAAAAGAUGCAGCGCUUCAGCAGGGUGUCAUAUUGAGAAUGCACGAGACUCCAAACUCAUCUGAGAUUGUGACCUACGUUCCAGUCUCACUCUUCCCCACGCCUAUGCCUAAAGCUGUGUUCUUCCAGGCUCUGGCUUUACAAACUCACUACAACACCCUGGUUGACAAGAUCAGCCAGGAUCCAGACUUUCUGCAAGAUGCUCUUGCUAGCACCAUUGCAGUGGAUGAUUUCACUGCAAGGUUGUUCAGGAUCCACCAAGAGAUCCUGAAAGAAGGAAGGUCUCAGAAUAUUGUGUUGGGUCUCAAUCGGUCUGACUACAUGCUGGACCAGAGAGAGGACGGGACAUCAUCUUUAAAGCAGAUAGAGAUAAACACCUUUGCUGCUAGUUUGGGGGGUCUCUCAUCACGCAUGCCAGAUUUACACCGACAAAUCCUUCAGAUGGCUGGCCAGCUGGAGGAGAGCCAGUUCAUCCCAGGCAAUAACACUGCUGCUGGUCUGGCUGGGGCAAUUGCAAAAGCCUGGGAGCUCUAUGGAUCAGAGCGAGCAGUCGUCAUGUUCUUGGUGGAAGACAACUCAAGAAAUAUCUUUGACCAGCGAUACGUUGAGUGUGAACUGUGGAAGAGAAACAUUCCCACAACAAGAAAGCGGUUUGACAAUGUUUUUACAACAGGAUCCCUUGAUCAGGACAAGAGGCUUUUUGUUCAUGACCUAGAGGUUGGAGUGGUGUACUUCAGGCAUGGCUAUAUGCCUCAGCACUACCUUUCUGAAAAGUGUUGGGAUGCCCGUCUUCUGAUCGAUCGCUCACUGGCUGUGAAAUGUCCAGACAUCAGCACCCACCUGGCUGGAACCAAGAAGGUCCAGCAGGUGCUCGCAAAGCCUGGAGUUCUGGAGAAGUUCUUCCCCGACCAGCCUCAGGUAGCGGAGCAGAUCAGAGCAACGUUUGCUGGCCUCUACACUUUAGAGAUGGGCCCAGAGGGUGACAAAACAAUAGCAAGGGCUUUGACCUCACCAGACCGGUUUGUCCUGAAUCCUCAGCGAAAAGGAGGAGGUAACAACAUCUAUGGAUCAGAGAUCUGCGAUGUCCUGGAGGAAAUAAAGGAGAGUACAGAGCGAAUGGCCUAUAUUCUGAUGGAUAAAAUCCUCCCCACCCCCUCAAAGAACUACCUGCUGAUACAAGAUUCUCCCCUCCAGAUCACUAACUGUCUCAGUGAACUGGGAGCGUUUGGAGCUUAUGUCAGACGAGGUAAAGAGAUGGUGAUAAAUGAGUGUGUGGGCCAUCUUCUAAGGACCAAGAGUUCAGAACAGUUGGAAGGACAUGUGUUAGUGGGACUGGCUGUGUUGGACAAUCCUCUCCCCAUCUGAGAAUUUACACUCCAUUCUUUUCCGUCUCUUUCCUCGUCGUCUUUCAAAAAACAUGCACAGAUGCAAAACAGUGAAAUCAAAGUUGCUCUUUUGAGUCCCAUUGUAACUCUGGCUGCUACAGCAUGAAGCAGUUGACGUCAUGUCCGUUGAAAAUAUGAGUGCUGCUCUCAAACAC